AUGGCCGACGACGGUGUUGUUACGGUCUACAGCGGUAGCGCCAUUACCGACGCCAACAAGAACCCAUUUUCCAUGAAGGUGGGACUUGCCCAGAUGCUCCGGGGUGGACUCGUUCUUGAGGUCACCAAUCCAGAACAAGCCAAGACCGCCGAGACAGCCGGAGCUUGCUCUAUCGUCGUGUCGGAGCCGCUCCGAGGAGGCGUUCGGCGCAUGGCGGAUCCAUCUCUCAUCAAAGAGAUUAAGCGUGCAGUGUCUAUUCCCGUAAUGGCGAAAACCCGGGUUGGGCAUUUCGUCGAAGCCCAGGUGCUCGAAUCCAUCGGCGUCGAUUAUAUCGACGAGAGCGAACUUCUUACUCCCGCCGAUGACCAGAAUUUCAUCAACAAGCAUAAUUUCCGGUGCCCCUUCGUCUGUGGAUGCCGAGACCUCGGCGAGGCGCUGAGUAGGGUUCGAGAAGGCGCGGCGAUGAUCAGGACGCAGGGGGAUUCGUGUGGAUCCGGUAGCGUAGUCGAGACAGUUCGGAACGUGAGAGCGGUAAUGGCGGCGAUAAGGGUUUUGACGAACAUGGACGACGACGAGGUGUUCUCGUUCGCGAAGACGAUCGGUGCGCCUUACGACCUCGUGGCGCAAACGAAGCAAAUGGCCAGGCUUCCGGUGGUGCAUUUCGCGGCGGGAGGUAUCGUUACCCCCGCCGAUGCGGCGCUGGCGAUGCAAUUGGGGUGCGAUGGGGUGUUUGUGGGAUCUGAAAUCUUUAAUUUUCCAGAUCCGUACAAGCGAUUGCGGGCGAUUGUUCAGGCUGUGGGGAACUACAAUGAUCCUCAUACGCUAGCAGAUAUUAGCUGCGGAUUGGAGGAUGCCAUGGAGGGUCUCAACCUCAACGAUGACAGGGCUGCACGGUUUGGGACCGGAGCUAGAGCUACCUACUGAAUGGAAGUCCAUCUACUGGUGUGUCUGUGUAGUGUAUGUGUCUGUGAAGUGUAUAUUUUGUCAUACUACGGACCCAAAUAUGCUCAUUUUCCACAUCCAAUUGAGAGUUGAAAUUACAGGGGGAAUUACAAAGUAAGAAUAAAUUGGUACGUACAUUUUUGAA